GGCAGGUGUUUCACAGUUCACGUCAGAAGCGACACGUCGAGUGAACGCAUCAGUCUUUGUUUAUCGAUACAAAAUGGCCGCUCCAGAUGGUAUUCGUUGGGUGAAAGCAUGCUUGAGUCAAAACUGCGUACCCCCGGGCGCUCUACUGGUGGGCUUCGAUGCUGACAAAGAAGAGAUUUACGCUGCACGAGCGGAACACGAAGGCGAUAUAAUACCAGCUAAAUUUAUACCCGCCAAGAAUGCAUGCUACAUCGCUUACGAUGGAGAGGAAGUGGCUAAAGAUCAAUUUGAAGUAUUAGUGCCCAUGGAACUGUGCUGGCAAGAGGGAUACGAUGGAGCGGUGCCCCCCAACGCAGUGAAGGCUGGUUCUGCCGCUGAUGGGGAAGUGCUGUACUUCGGCAGGGUUUGCCAAAACGGACAUUUAGUGCCUGGCAAGGUACACCCCUCGCACGGUUCAUGUUAUUACAGUUUUGAUGGUGAAGAGAGAGUCACCAAGGAGUACGAAUGUCUCGUUAUAAGCUUGUAUUUUUCGAACCCAAGUGUUACAGACGCAGUCAACAUGAGAGGACGACCCUAUCCUGGUUAUGGGAUGCAGCCGCCGCCGAUGUAUGGCUACCCGCCGACCAUUAACAUCAACAUGUAUCCUCAUCCAGGGUAUCCUCAACCCGGGUAUCCCCAUCCCUAUCCCCCCCACCUAUUCUAUCCCCCAGGGGAGCCGGUCCAAGUGGUGGAAGAGCCAUCAGAUAUCGUGCCUGAAUUACCUGGUGAAACUGUCGAGUUACCGUGGAGUACAUACAAAUGGGUGCCGGCUUGUUUGUCGCAGAACAGCAUUCCACCUGGCGCACUCAGAGUCGGCACAGAUGUGGAUGAAGCCGAAAUAUACGCGGGUAGAGCACACCAUGAGGGAGAAAUCGUGCCUGCGAAGGUCAUACCGUCAAAGAACGCUUGCUACAUCGCUUUUAACGGUGAAGAGAUUCUAAAGGAUCAGUUUGAGGUGCUGGUACCAUCUAUGUUCUCGUGGCAAUUCUCGUCUGGUGGAGAAGUGCCGCCUGGUGCUGUCGAAGCUGGAGUCACUGCCGAUGGCGAGAAGUUAUACUUUGGCAGAGUCACACACGACGGAGGAGUUACUCCCGGCAAGAUCCACCCAAGUCACGGCUCAUGUUACUACGCAUUUGACGGCGAAGAGAAAGCCUCUCCAGAAUAUGAGUGCCUGGUCCUUGUUUAAAUUAAGUACAGUAAUAGUUAAUAGGCAAAUCCAAAAUAUUAAUUGUAAUUAGAGAUUUUAUAAUUUAAAUAUUUUUAGUUUACUAGUUAUUUUAUUAUUUAUACACAGAAGACAUAAAAGGAUGAUUGUCACACCGGUGCAAUAGAGUUAAUAAUAACAAUGAGUCUUGUAAUUCCAUAAAAUUUACAAAAUGCAACGUUAUUGUUAAUUACAACAAGGUGUCAUCAAUUCAUUCAUUAUAAUAAUAUUGAUA